AUGUUGAAGGAGUGUAGCUAUAUCAAAUACUAUGAUAUCAAAACCAACAACUACCACAACCGCCCGGCAGAGGGAACCUCCCAGGCCAGGCAGAGGGAACCUCCCAGGCCAGGCAGAGGGAACCUCCCAGGCCAGGCAAAGGGAACCUCCCAGGCCAGGCAGAGGGAACCUCCCAGGCCAGACAUAGGGAACCUCCCAGGCCAGACAGAGGGAACCUCCCAGGCCAGACAGAGGGAACCUCCCAGGCCAGACAGAGGGAACCUCCCAGGCCAGACAGAGGGAACCUCCCAGGCCAGACAGAGUGAACCUCCCAGGCCAGACAGAGGGAACCUCCCAGGCCAGACAGAGAGAACCUCCCAGGCCAGACAGAGUGAACCUCCCAUGCCAGACAGAGUGAACCUCCCAGGCCAGACAGAGGGAGCCUCCCAGGCCAGGCAGAGUGAAUCUCCCAGGCCAGGCAGAGGGAGCCUCCCAGGCCAGGCAGAGGGAGCCUCCCAGGCAAGACAGAGGGAGCCUCCCAGGCCAGACAGAGGGAACCUCCCAGGCCCGGCAGAGGGAACCUCCCAGGCCAGGCAGAGGGAACCUCCCAGGCCAGACAGAGGGAAUCUCCCAGGCCAGGCAGAGGGAACCUCCCAGGCCAGACAGAGGGAACCUCCCAGGCCAGACAGAGGGAACCUCCCAGGCCAGGCAGAGGGAACCUCCCAGGCCAGACAGAGGGAACCUCCCAGGCCAGACAGAGGGAACCUCCCAGGCCAGGCAGAGGGAACCUCCCAGGCCAGACAGAGGGAACCUCCCAGGCCAGUCAGGGGGAACCUCCCAGGCCAGUCAGAGGGAACCUCCCAGGCCAGUCAGAGGGAACCUCCCAGGCCAGACAGAGGGAACCUCCCAGGCCAGACAGAGGGAACCUCCCAGGCCAGACAGAGGGAACCUCCCAGGCCAGGCAGAGGGAACCUCCCAGGCCAGACAGAGGGAACCUCCCAGGCCAGACAGAGGGAACCUCCCAGGCCAGACAGAGUGAACCUCCCAGGCCAGACAGAGUGA